AUGCCGGCUAGGUGUGGGAGUAAGUGCGCUAAAGGUGUCGGCGACGCAGCCAGCCACAACACGUCCAAAGUUCAGUCUCGAGUUGAGGAAGUCUUUGUUCGUCAGAGAGACAGAAACUGGACAGAAGAGGAGAGACUGAAAAUGGAGGAAUCUGCUCUGCUGACCGAAUUAAAAGAGGAGAGUCUUUCUGUACUGAAGAACUUAAUGAGCUUAACUGAAGAAAAGAAAGCAGAGGAGGAAAAGCUGAAGAGAGCUGAGACUGAACUGGAGAACACAGCCGAACAAACACACAGUAAAGAAGAAGAACUAAAAGAGAGAGAGACCAUCAGAGAGAUCAGUCUGGAGAUCAGAGAGAUGCAGGAAAGAAGAGUGAGAGAAAGAGUGGAGAUGAGACAAAGAGAGGAAGAGGAGAUCAGAGGAAAGAUGAGAGCUGUUGUGGAUGAUUUGAGGAGCUCAGAGGAAGCAGGUAAAAAGAUAAAGGAGAGAAUAAAACAGCAUAAAAAACAAAAAGAUGAAUGUGAGGGAAAGUUAUCAGAGGAGAGAAAUGAGGAGAAGAGGAGAGAGCUGGAGAGAGGAGUGGAGAGAGAAGAUGAGCAGAUGAAGGAGGCUGAAGAGGAGCUGAAGAGGAUGCAGGAGGAGAGGAGGAUGAUGGUGAAGAAGCUCAGACUGGAGAUGGAGAUCAGAGAGAAGAGUGCAGUAAAAGCAGAUACACACUUCAUCAGGAAGCUGCCUGAACUCAUUACUCAGACUGAUAUAACAAACAGACAGAAAGAGUUUGAUAGAGAGAUGGAUGAAAAAGAGAGAGAGAUAGAAAGACUGAAACUAAACCUCUCAGAGAUGGAGAAAGAAAAAGAAAAGCAACUAGAAGAGAGAAAAAAGACUUUAGAAGAGAAAAACAAACAACUUGAACAAAAAGACACUGAAUUAGAAAAACAUACAAAAACAAUAGAGAACAAAAAUAAAACAAUAGAUGAGAAGAAUGAACUGCUGAGAGAGAAAGAGACUCUACUGGAGAUCACAGUGAAAGAGGUGGAAAGCAGUAAAAAGCAGCUGGAGACUCUGAGAAAGGAGCUGCAGGACAAGAGCAGCAAACUACAGGAGAUGAUGAUCCUACUGGAACAACAGAAAACUGAACUCACCUGUCAGCAGAAAGAGUUAGAAGAGAAAGAACAACAACUGAAACACACAGCACAACAGAAUUCAGACCUACAGACUGAAACUGAAACCCUGAUGGCUGAUUUAACAGAAAAGACCAAACAGCUUGAAGAAACAAAAAACAUUCUAAAGGAGAGAGAAAAACAAGUGGAGGAGAAAGACAGACUUCUGACAGAAAAUACAACAACACUUCAGAUGAAGGAGAAGAUUUUAGAAGAGAAACACAAACUUCUCACAGAGACACAAGAUGAACUGAGACAAACAACAAAGACAUUAGAGAAUCAUAGAAUACAAAUGGAAGAAAUGGAGAAAAGACUUGUGGAGAAAGAUGAAGAAUUAAAAGAGACAAAACAAGAACUGAAAGAUAAAAACACGAUUAUUAAAGAACAUUUAGAGACUGUUGAUAAGAGAGAUUCAUUAUUAAAGGAAACUAAUGAAAGAUUAGAAAGUGUUAAUAAACAGCUUAAAGAUAAAGACUCACAACUGGAGAAUCAGAUCAAACUGCUGAGAGAGAAAGAGACUCUACUGGAGAUCACAGUGAAAGAGGUGGAAAGCAGUAAAAAGCAGCUGGAGACUCUGAGAAAGGAACUGCAGGACAAGAGCAGCAAACUACAGGAGAUGAUGAUCCUACUGGAACAACAGAAAACUGAAGUGAGUGAAAAAGACAAACAGCUUGAAGAGAAGGAGAGACUUCUAAGUGAGAGAAACACACAGCUAAUGGAAAGAGACAAGCAGGUUGAGGAGAAAGACAGACUUCUAGAGGAGAGAAACAAGCAGCUGCAGGAGAGAACAGAUCCAGACUCAGCAGCUCCAGCCAGAAGGAGAAACAGCAAAGAGUUAGAGCCUCCACACUUCAGUGGAGAGACUCCAGACUCAGCAGCACCACUCAGGAGAAGAAACAGUAAAGAAGGACUUCAUCCAAAUAUGAGUGGAGAAUCCUCUAGUUCAGCCUCUCCAGAGUCAGUUCCUGUAGCAGAGCUCAGGCUGGUGCUGCUGGGGAGGACUGGAUGUGGGAAGAGAGCAGCAGGAAACACCAUCCUGGGCAGAGAGGAGAGGAGCCAGGCUGGAGCGUCUACAGUGAGGCAGCAGAGUGAGAGCAGACAGGGGGAGGUGGCUGGGAGGCAGGUGACUGUGGUGGACACUCCUGACUGGUUUUGUCCUGGACUCUCUCUGGAGGAGCUGAGACAGAACGUGGGACUCUGUGUCCGUCUGUCUGCCCCAGGACCCCACGCCUUCCUCCUAGUCAUACCAGUGAAGCAGUCUACAGGAGAGGAGAGAGCCAUGCUGGAGAAAAUGGAGGAGAUCUUUGGAGAGAGAUGUUGGAGGAACUCCAUGAUCCUUUUCACUGUGACUGAGGAAGUCCAAGAGAAAAACAUUGAAGAGUUUAUCCAGUUAGGAAACCAGGAGGUCCAGAGACUUGUAGAGAAAUGUGGGAACAGGUUUCACUGUCUCAGCAUUAAGGAGAGUGGAGAUGGUUCUCAAAUCUCAGAGCUGCUGGAGAAGAUCGAGAAGAUGGUGGAAGGAAACAGAGAGAAAUUCUACAGCAGUGAGAUCUACCUGGAGACACAAUCUCAGAUCAGAGCAAUGGAGACAAAAAUCAUGAAAGAAAGAGAAGAAAAGAAGCUGAAAGAAGAAAAAGAAAUUAAAGAAAAACUUGAAAAGGAGGUGCAGAAAUCUUUGAGAAAGAUAGAGGGAGCAGUACAAGAGCAUGAAGGAGAGAUAAAACAACUGAAUGACCGAACAACUGAGCUAGAGAGAAGGAUGAAAGAAGAGAGGGAUGAAGAGAAAAAGAGAGAACUGGAACGAGAGCUGGAAAGAGAGUUAGAGCGAAGAACAGAAAUGGAAGAAAAGGUGAAGAGACUAAAAGAAAAGAGAGAGAGGGAGAGGAAAGAGAUGGAGGAGAGACACAGACAGGAGAUGGAGGAGAUCAGGGAGACGUAUGAAGGAGAAGCCAGAAUGGAGGCAGAGAGGAACCUCAUGAAGAUCAUCCUGCCUGAACUUCAGAGAAACAUUUUGGUCUCAAAGUCAAAGAUGCAGGAAGAGUUCAGCAGACAGAUGGAGGAGAAGGAUGGAGAGCUGGAGACACUGAAACAAAGCCUCUCAGAGCUCAGAAAGACUCACUCACUUCUGGAGGAGGUGUAUGAGAGAACAGUGAGGAGCAGCUCAGACUCAGAGAGAGCAGCUCCAGCAGGAGAAGGGGGGUCUAAGGGAGUCUCUCAGAGGUUCAGGGAUUGGUUUUAGUGAUGUGCUGAGAGACACAUCCUUACAGAAAAGAGGUUCCUCAGUCAGCUGUGAUGAUCAUGGAGAAACAGCAUCAGGUGAAGAAGUACAUAAAGACAGUCUAGAGGAAUGUUAAAGUGGUUUUUGGUCUAGAAAAGGUUGUUUUGACUUUAUGAAUGAAGGGAAAUAUCACAGAGUUGUUUGAUAACCUUCUGUGAUGGAGCUUUUAGAGGCACUAAACUCUUCAGACGUCUGGUUCCUAUCAGCACCACUGUGAACAAUUCUGACUCUAGAACAGAACUUUUCACAUCAGACAAAUGAUUAGUGAUUGAAUUAUGCACAGAUCAGGGACAAUGUCUAUUUACUGUAAUACUAAAAUGUGUUCAAGAUGACGGUACAUAAACCAACACCAGGUGAACAGUGGCCAGUUGUGCUAUAAUCACAAUAAAUGUAAAGGGGGUAAAGCCAGAUAAUCUCUUUACAGAGGAUAGAAGCUUUACAACUGAAUCAAUUGUCAUCUUAUUCUGUCAGAAUGUGUGAUUUAUAUCAAAUCAUUUGUAAACUUUGCAAAUUAGAAAUGUAUUUAAAAACUACAACAUUUGAAAUGUGAAUUCUGUGUGAGUUUACAUAAAAAUGGUUAAAAAU